AUGAAGAACUUCAUUCUCUUGGCCGUUUCUUCCAUUCUGUUGAUGGACUUGUUCCCCACACACUGCGGGCAUAAUGUAGAUCUCUCCAAUGCAAUAAAUUUAAAUGGAGUAAGCCUCAAUAAUGUAGACGUCAGUUCACUUGGCUCAGCACAGGUAAGACAAAGUGCUAGCAGAGGCAGAGUACUUGGUGAGAACCCAAAAGAAGAGGAAGGAGCUGAUAAACAAAAAAAGAAGAAGGAAAAAGAAGUAGAACCAAAGAAGCCACGUGAAAAUAAGCUGAAACAACCAGUAGUUCCAGCAGCAGGUGGAGAUGCAGAUAGACCAGCAGGUGGAGAUGCACAUAGACCAGCAGGUGGAGAUGCAGAUAGACCAGCAGGUGGAGAUGCAGAUAGACCAGCAGCAGGUGGAGAUGCAGAUAGACCAGCAGGUGGAGAUGCAGAUAGACCAGCAGGUCCAGCAGCAGGUCAAAAUCCGGCAAAUGAACCACAACGACAAGAAAAUGGGGGAGGUGCACAACCAGCAGGAGGAAAUGCGGGAAAUAAAAAAGAAGGAGACGCAGGUGGAAAUGCAGGAAAUAAAAAAGAAGGAGACGCAGGUGGGAAUGCAGGAGGAAACGCAGGAGCAGGAAAAGGACAGGGACAAAAUAAUGAAGGUGCUAAUAAAGUAAAUGAAAAGCUUGUGAAAGAGUACCUAGAGAAAAUUAGAUCUAGCGUUGGUACAGAAUGGACUCCAUGCAGUGUAACCUGUGGAACUGGUGUAAGAAUUAGAAGAAAAGCUGAUGCAGAUAAGAAAAAACCAGAGGAACUUACUCUGAGUGACCUUGAGAUGGAAGCUUGUACAAUGGAUAAGUGCGCAGGCAUAUUUAACGUUGUGAGUAAUUCAUUAGGGCUAAUCAUAUUGUUAGUCCUAGCAUUAUUCAAUUAA